AGCGCCCGAGGCCCCGCCAAGCGCCCGGGACCCCGCCCGCUGCGCCAUGAGGGUCCCGCGGGGGCGCUGCGCCGCGCUGCUGGCGUGCCUCGCCCUCGUGCUUCCCGUCUCCGAGGGAAACUUUUUGUCAAAGCAACAUGCUUCACAAGUCCUGGUUAGGAAACGUCGUGAAAAUUCUUUGCUUGAAGAAACCAAGAAGGGUAAUCUUGAAAGAGAAUGCAUCGAAGAACUGUGCAAUAAGGAAGAAGCCAGGGAGGUCUUUGAAAAUGACCCUGAAACGGAAUAUUUUUAUCCAAAAUAUUUAGGUUGUCUUGGCUCUUUCCGAGCUGGACUGUUCACUGCUGCACGUCAGUCGACGAAUGCUUUUCCUGACCUCAGGAGCUGUGUCAAUGCCAUUCCAAACCAGUGUAAUCCUCUGCCGUGCAAUGAAGAUGGAUACAUGAACUGCAAAGAUGGCCAAGCCACGUUCACGUGCAUUUGUAAAUCAGGCUGGCAAGGAGAGAGGUGUGAAUUUGAUAUAAAUGAAUGUAAAGAUCCCACAAAUGUAAAUGGAGGUUGCAGCCAGAUUUGUGACAACACUCCCGGAAGUUACCAGUGUUCCUGUAAAAGUGGUUUCGUCAUGCUUUCAAAUAAAAAAGACUGCAAAGAUGUGGAUGAAUGCUCUAUGAAGCCAAGCGUUUGUGGCACAGCUGUGUGCAAGAACGUCCCAGGAUACUUUGAAUGUGAAUGUGCCGAAGGCUACAGCUACAAUCCCAUAUCGAAGUCCUGUGAAGAUGUGGAUGAGUGCUCUGAGAACAUGUGUGCUCAACUUUGUGUCAAUUACCCUGGAGGUUACUCUUGUUAUUGUGAUGGGAAGAAAGGAUUCAAACUUGCCCAGGAUCAGAAGAGUUGUGAGGCUGUUCCAGUGUGCCUUCCCUUGAACCUUGACAAAAACUAUGAGUUACUUUACUUGGCAGAGCAGUUUGUAGGGGUUGUUUUAUAUUUAAAAUUUCGUUUGCCAGAUAUCACCAGAUUUUCAGCCGAAUUUGAUUUCCGAACAUAUGAUUCAGAAGGUGUUAUCCUGUAUGCAGAAUCUCUUGAUCACUCAGCUUGGUUCCUGAUUGCACUUCGUGAUGGAAAGAUUGAAAUUCAGUUUAAAAAUGAAUAUACAACCCAAAUCACAACAGGCGGCAAAGUUAUUAAUAAUGGUCUAUGGAAUAUGGUCUCUGUGGAAGAAUUAGAAUACAGUAUUAGUGUAAAAAUAGCUAAAGAAGCCGUGAUGAAUAUAAAUAAACCCCAAAACCUUUUUAAGCUUACAAAUGGAUUUCUAGAAACCAAAGUAUACUUUGCAGGAUUACCUCGGAAAGUGGAGAAUGCACUCAUUAGACCGAUUAACCCUCGUCUGGAUGGAUGUAUACGAGGCUGGAAUUUGAUGAAUCAAGGAGCUUCGGGAGUAAAGGAAAUUAUUCAAGAAAAGCAAAAUAAGCAUUGUCUUGUCACUGUGGAGAAGGGUUCUUACUUUCCUGGUUCUGGAGUUGCUGAAUUUAGCAUCAAUUAUAAUAAUAUAUCUGAUGCUGAGGGCUGGCAAGUAAACGUGUCCUUGAAUAUUCGCCCAUCCAUGGACACUGGUGUUAUGUUCGCCUUGGUUUCUGGUGACACAGUGCCCUUUGCUUUGUCCUUGGUGGACUCCACCUCUGAAAACCUUCAGGAUAUCUUGGUAUCUGUUGAGAAUAUGGUAAUAUCUCGGGUAGAGGCCCUAAGUCUGUGUUCCAGCCAGCAAUCCCACCUGGAGUUUAGAGUCAGCAGAAACAACCUGGAGCUGUCGACUCCACUUAGAAAAGACGUCGUCUACUCUGAAGACCUCCUAGGACAACUUGCCAUCCUGGACAAAGCAAUGAAAGGAACAGUGGCCACUUACGUGGGUGGCCUUCCAGACGUUCCAUUCAGCGCCACUCCGGUGAAUGCCUUUUACAGCGGCUGCAUGGAGGUGAGCGUUAACGGUGCACAGUUGGAUCUGGAUGAAGCCGUUUCCAAACACAAUGACAUCAGAGCUCACUCGUGUCCGUCAGUUUUGAAAAACACAAAGGGUUCUUAAGGCAUCUUUUCUCUGCUGAUAAUAUCUUUUUCCUGUGUGUAAUUUUACUUACGUUUCAGUAAUAGCUGAAGGGUUUUACCUGCAAUGUUCAGACCUUGAUUAUUAAGUGGUACAUUGACCUUCCUGGAAUUUUAAAAAGGUCUUUUUUCAAGAAAACAAGAUUCUCUUGUGAUAUAAAUAGCAUUAAAAAAUUCUUACCUCUGUUGCUGUCUAGAAAUUAAAUAAUGAAACACACAAAGAUUUUUAAUUUGAAUCUUUUGCUACAAAUGACCUCUGUUCAUUUUUAUGUUUUUAAAAAUAAAAUUUAAUUUUAUCAUCA